AUGACCGACGUCCUGCCACUCUUUUGUCUCGUCGAGGGACAUUCCACGUCGAGAGCUUUUAUUAUCGACGUUCCCGCGGCACAUACUGUUGCCAACCUUGAGAGCCUCAUCAAGGCCAAAAGGACUCCCGAGUUUGAUGACAUUGCCGCAGAUAAGCUCACUCUCUGGCUCGUCUCGAUUCCUGUCCUCGAUGAUGAAGAUGAUGGGGAACCUGCCGUCAUGCUCGACGGUCUGAGCGAGAAGAAGGAGCUCAAGCCGACAACGCGUCUCUCCAAGCUAUUUCCAGAGGGUUUACCUAAAGACGCCGUCCAUAUCAUUGUGCAACGGCCACCAGCAGCGGUGCCUGUCCCAAUGAAGACUGUUGCAUACGGUGAUAUUGGUCCUGAACUGGAGCGUAUUAUCGAGAACGCAAGCCGGGACCACUGCAACCGUUCCGUGGAUGCAAAGGAUGUUCAAGCCUACCAAACAAAGAAGCUAGGCUCCUUCUACAAGAAACCCCUGCCAUAUGAUGCGGGAGCAACUAACCUAAGUCUCGUGAUGCUGGGAAAGGUGCUGGACAAGGAACCGUCGUCCGAGGAAAACGAGACAUUGCAUGGCAUUGUUGAGGAGGAUAUCGACACGAAUAGUGAAUACCGCAUGGUGGCCCUGGUUGGUCCAUCAGGUUCAGGAAAGACUGCCACGGUGAUUGAGCUGGCCAAGACGCACUUUGUUGUUUAUGCCGUGUGUUGCGACCCGAGCACCCACUCUUCUCCGGAUUUCAAGGAUCUGAACUUUGUGGAGCUUGCACAGGAUGUCGAGAAGAUAUGCAGGAAGGACCUUCCAAAGCCAGAGCCAAGAUCAUUGGAAGAUCUGGUGGCGAAUGAUUUAGCCAUGAAACAACGUGCUGAAGAUCGGGUCAACAUCGAAUUCUUGGCACGAUUCCUUUUCCUACAGCUUCUCCUCGACAAGAAUCCUGAUCUCGAACCGCUGCAGUUCUUCCGCGAACAGAUCAAUGGAGGGCCCUUGACGAUUAGGAAGCUGGUUGGGAGGAUGCGUGAGUAUGAUACGGAUACGAUCUGUGCAAUGCUCAGUCAUGUGCAGGACAAGCUACAGGACUACCUUGCUCCACGACGACUGGGGCUAGUGAUCGCCCUAAAUGAGGCUCAGAUUGCAAGAAAUCGCAUCCUGCCUGACAUGUUCAUCGCACCAUCUGCGUUUAUCGGCAUCCAGCAGGUUCUCGACGACAAGAACAGGUCAACAAGUUUCGUAAGAAUAACGCACUUUCCCUCGUUCGAUGAAGACGACGUGGAACGCGUGCUAUCGGAACUUGUCGACACAUCCGGCUGCACUUUGCCGCCUGACAUGCGCCACAUGCUUACGGGACGACCUCGAUUCUCGGUUAUAGUUGUCCAGCACCUUUUCAAGUGCGACUCUGGCCAGGAUUCCAAACAAACCAGGUUGGAAAAUGCAAUCAGAUCAGCGACGAAGCAAAUAAAGGCUGACCUGGGAAGCAUUGUGCGCAGUCUUAUUGAGAACGACAAGACAGGAGAGGCAGCACGUAUACUCGGCCGCAUGGUUAUGGCGUACAAACUGCAAGGCGGUAAGAUAUCGUUUGCAAUCGUCGGACAGUUUGACUUUGUGGACAAGGCUCUGUGCAAGCUGCUGCAGCGCCCCGACGGUGUCCGCUAUAUCAUGAACGAGCCGAUGGUGAUUGAGGCAGUGCAGCAGGUGUUGGAUGUCUCAGAAAUGGAUGCCGAGUUUAUGGAAUAUCUCGAUCAGUUUGACCGGAUCGUUGCGAACUUUGGCGUAAACUCAGCAGCAAAGGGAGUUGUGUUGCAACAGCUCGUUCGACGGUCACUGCAGCGUUUCAACAGCUUCCGUCUUGUGGACCUCCCUUUCCUCCAAGGCAUCAGAUUGCCCGCAUGGUGCUCCGCGCUCGAGCUUCAAAUCGACGAAAUCAACACGGCCAAUGGCUUUGGAUACACCGCUGAAGGCAUCGAGGCCGAUCUCGAGUUUCUCAGGGUCUGUCCUUCGAACAAGAUGCUGAUUGCACAUUCUGGCACACGUCCGGAUGGAGCAUGGUUCUUCUCUGACAAACGUUACGCUGGCUCCCUCGCAAUCAAACUAUACAGCGACCCUCUGCCACAGGAGAUAUACAGGGAGAACGUGAUAUCCAGUGACAUUCGACGCUGUUUCUUGAAGGACGGUACCAGUUUGCACCCACCACUGAAAAGGAUGCGGGAUGAGUUUGAAGCUUCCGACACUCCUGGUGAGGUAAAGGGCAUGCUUCGCAUUCAUCUCGAGUUCCCCAGGGUCCAGGGCGGUAGGCCAAUUACCUGUGUCAAAACGGACCUCGCUACCGGCAACGAGGAUGUGAUGGUCCACAUCGACUUGUCGAAUAUGGAUGAGUUUUUUUAUGAAGGUCCCGAGGAAAAUCGGCAGGAUAUCCAGCGCCUGAAGAAAAUGAUCAAGUAUAUCUCGACAAAGUAA